CAGAUUUCAAUGGUUUCCCACAUUUCAGGUAUGACAUUUCCUCACUUUCGUUUAUUGCUUCAUCCUAUUGUGUUCACACUGAUUUCUGCAGAUUAAUAAUUGUUCUUGUUCUUGGCCCUCUUUUUUUUCCUGCAAUUUGUUUCAUGAUUAAAAAAAGACAACAUUUUUGGUAUCAUUUUCUGUAUCAGGUAUGGAUUUUUGAUUACCAGUGAUCACUCACUUGAGCCAUAAGAUCCUCUAAUGAAAUCGAACUAAAAAAGAUUAAAUUUGAUCGGUUAGUGUUGUUAGAAGUGGUAAAAGAGAGUGGUAAGUUACUGAAAAUGGUUUUUCUUGCUAAUCAGGAUUAGUUUAGAUCUAAGCAGAGUUAGUUAGUGUCGAAGCUCGAAAAAACAAUAGUCUUGGCCUUUGUGUUUAUGCCUGCAUAUGAAAACUUUGAUUUCGUUUUUCGAUUCGACCCGUUUUUUGUAGUAUAUGUUUCAUGGAAUCUUCAAAUAAGUGUAGCUUCCUAUUCUCGAAACGUCUCUUUUUGGGUACUUCGAGACCCAAGUUCUUCGUGAAAUUUGAAUUCUGUUGGAUUUUACAGGAUUUGUUGUUCUUCUUCUUCUUGUUGUAGAUAUUCAUGAAGUACUCAAUGCAAAAAAAGCCCUUUUUUUGUGUAGAGAAUAUUGUUUGGAAAUAUCCUCAGUUUCUAACAUAUUUGGUCAAAGUUCUACAGAGACAGUGGGGGGAAAAGAUUUCCAGUACAUCACAGGGGAAAAAAUGGAGAUGUCUCACAGCAGUUCAAAUGGCUGUUGCCUUUUUCUUGUUGUUCUGCUGAUAUUGUCAACACUUUCUCAAACCUCCUCACAAGCUAAUAAUGUGUUGAAAACAUCCACUUUCCUAUCACCCAAGUUUGAAUUACAACCCGGGUCAGUCGAAAACAAGAUCUAUUACAACAUCGACUUCCCGAAAGGUCAUAUUGCAGUGAAAAGAUUUGAUGCAGAAGUGGUAGAUGAAGCGGGAAACUCGGUCCCGCUUCAUGAAACCUACAUGCACCACUGGCUUGUUGCGAGAUACUAUAUCCGGAAAGGCGUUGAGAAUCCAAAGUACCAUUCUCCCGAUUUGGGCUUCCACCAAUCGGAUUUUAUUAUGGUAAAGAACUCGGGUCUCUGUGGAAAUGGACUCGUACAAUAUUUCGGGCUCGGAUCCGAGACGAGGAAAACGGACACCCACAUUCCGGACCCGUAUGGGAUAGAAGUUGGCAAUGUUGAAGAGGUUCCGGAAGGUUAUGAGGAGGGGUGGCUACUUAAUGUCCAUGCAAUCGAUACACGUGGCGCGGUGGACAAGUUGGGGUGCACAGAAUGUCGGUGUGGCCUUUAUAAUGUGACCGUGGAUGAGCACGGGAAGGCUAUAGAGAGAGAUUAUAUUGGGGGGUUGAGAUGUUGCGCGGAUGGGACAAGGUGCAGGGUAAAAAAGGGAUUUGAGAGUGGUAAAAAGAGAGGUUUAUAUCUGAAGUACAAUGUCACGUAUGUUGAAUGGGACGAUUCCUCCUCCAUUGUGCCCGUCAAAAUUUAUAUAUUUGAUGUCACUGAUACUUGGGGGAAAAUGGAUGGCACAACAAAAGUGCCUUCCAAAGGGCACAACUGCAAGAUUGAAUAUGAUGUUCCCAUAUGCCCAUCCAAUGUGGAUAAAGAGAACUGCAUUCAUACCCAAAGUGCAGUUUCGAGUUUGCCAACUGGUGGCGAUGUCAUCUAUGCCGUGUCCCACCAGCACACGGGAGGGGUUGGCUCAGUUCUCUAUGGAGAGGACGGACGCACACUAUGCUCGUCACACCCAAUGUUUUGUUGUCUACAUUGACAAUUCCUUUUGAAAGUCCAAUUUUACCCUUUUGUUUUCUUCAAUCUAUUUCAAUGCGAAAACUGUCAAAACAAGAGUUUCUUGAAUGGUUUUAGGACGGACGCACACUAUGCUCGUCACACCCAAUAUAUGGUGAGGGCAAGGAAGCCGGGAACGAAGAGGGUUACAUAGUGGGGAUGACGACCUGUUAUCCAAAGCCCGGUUCGGUUAAGAUUGCAAAGGGGGAAAAGCUAACCUUUGUGUCUAACUACAGCAGCAGCCAGUCCCACACUGGAGUCAUGGGGCUUUUCUACAUUUUGGUUGCUGAACCUCUGCACAAUUCCCAUUCUGCCCUUCAUGAGAGAGGUGAGAGGGUGGGCCCAAUGAGUGGUAUUUGGGCUUUGGUGGCAUUGUGUGGGGUUGCAGGGCUUAUUGCUGCCAUUGCUGUGAUGAUCAAAACAAGUUCCAAAAGAGAAGAUGGUUAUGAACCUAUGGUUGCAUGAUUGUGCCGUGUUUGGCUGUAACACAAUUGGCAUUUUGUGGGGUAGUGCUUUUUGUUUUGGUGCCCUUAAUUAUGUGUGUAUGUCCUUAAGUAAGUAAUAUGUUUACUAGGAGUGUUCAAGAAUAUCCUACCUGAAGAAUCCCCGUAAGUACCCGAACUCGGAAGAAAGCAUUGUCGUGUCUCUCGUGCAAGAAGUUAAAGGUUUUAUUUAGCUUCUGAACGUAUGUACUCUCGUUUUGUUGAGUGUGGAUACCAUAUAUUUGGAUGUACGUUGUUUUUCGUAUAUUCAAUGAAUAAUCGUUAUGAAU